AUGAGUUCAAUGUUUGAAUUUAAAUAAUAAUUAAAAUGGCCUUUUAACUAGUUUCAAUUUGAAGUAAGUGGAAAUUAAUAGCCUUAAUUAACAUAUAGCAUAAGCAAUGAAACGAGCAUUUUUUCAUCGCAAGAUUAUAAAAUAAGUCCAUCAACAUACAGUACUGCGCUAAAUGAUUAAACUUAACAAAAAAAGAAGGAAAAAUUGAAGAAAAUUGAGGAAAGAUGCAAAUAAAUUGAACUUUAUGCUAAAUUUAUUGAUGAAGAAGAACCAUGUGAUGAAGAAUAGGUUAAAAAAUAAAGCAAACCAAACUCAAAACUUUAAAUUUAAAAGUAUUUCACCUGCUAAAAUAUAAACAUAAAUUAAUAGUUCAGAGAUCAUAUACAAAUUUAUUAUGGAAAUAUUUUAAUAGACGAUUAGAAUAUGAAAAAUAAAUUAAUAAGUGAAAUAGUUGGAGAUUCUAAUUAGUAAGAGGAGCAUAAAAAUAUUUUAGGAGAAUACAUUUAAAAUGAAUAAUAUAAUAUUAUCAUGAAUAACCAUUUCAGCACUAGAAAAUACUUUACUAUUUAACGUUUAUAUUAUCGUAAAGAUGAUACAUGUUCUGUUUCUGUUAAAACAUGCAAACCAUAAAAUAAUUUGAAAAUUAAGUAUAAUAUGAAAUCGAUAUUUUGA